AUGAUAGAAAAUGCCGAGAUGGAUUUAUUUGUCAGAGCCGAAGAAAAAUUUAGGACUCCGAAUGUGAGCGCAAGACAGAUAUUGAACUCGUGUGUUGAUUACAGCACUGAGAAGAAGUUGAAAAAAACAAAGGAGCUGCAGAUACCGUAUGAUCUAAGAAAUUACAUUGUAGAGAACGAUAAAGCAUAUGAAAGUGGAAAAACAAGUGAAGUUAAGUACGGUGUGUUAGAGGACAUCAACGUGCUGUAUGUUGUGCACGACAAUAUACUUUAUUUGUACAGCUUUCUCUCCAGCUACAAAAACAUGCUGCCUCUCAAUGAGAACGUGCUAUUUGUGAGGUGCCUUAAACCGAAACCUGCGAUUUUUAAGAAAAAAAUUCUGACGAUUGUACUCGUGGUCACACAGACCAAGCUGUUUUUCUUCUGUGUGAAGGAGGGCGAGGACGGCUUCUUUGAGGUGAAGAUAGAGCACACCUUCACUGAAACCGUGAAGGAUAUAAAAGUGAACGAUGACAGCCGGAUAUUCGCUAUAACUAAGUACGAUGUUGUGGAGAUAAAGUACGACAUGUAUGGCUGUACAUCUCACAACCCUGACGUGAACUUUUUUGAGUAUUUCAUGCCGAUUUUUUUCAUCAGAAGGAAGAUCAGUCCAAUCAUCGACUUUGAUGCAAGGAACAAUUUUUUGGUAACAUUGACAAGAAAUGAGAUUGUGGUUUACACCCUUAAGAAAUUCAAAAAGAUAAAUGUUAUUUUGACAUGCAGGACGUACCAAAACAUAGGAAUUGUGGAGGAAGAUGGAACUAACGUGGUGAUUAAUAACAAACUGAUGAACACAAAUGUACUGAUAUGCGCUGUUGCUUGCAACGGUGAGAGAGACUAUUACGACUCGACACGGCUUCUUUUUAGCCGGGGGUGCCCGCUCAAUACCAAGGAUACGGACAAGUUCGAACUGCGAGGCACCAAUUUUGUAGUGCACAGUGGUGAUAAGAACGUUUUGGUGACGCUCAACGAUGAUCAGCUGUACAACUUUGAUAAAAAGAGGGCGGCAGAGAACUACGAGAUCUCCGGCAGUGGGAGGCUUUUUUGUGGUAAAAGAAUGUUUUUGGUUAGCGAUACUGUUACCGUGUAUGAGCAGCUGAAGGGCCCUGAUUACCUGUUAAACUCGAAAAACACUUACAGAGCGGCAAGAAGUUACGGGCCAAUAGUAAAUUUGUUCUAUCUUCUGAUUAAGGCAGAGAACAAAGACACGAGCACAUUUGAUUAUACAUUCUCAAAGAUUGACAAAGAUUUUGUGUAUCUUGCAGUUGUUCAUAUAAUCCAGCACUUCUACAGGCUGCCAGUUCAAAAGAUAUACCUGCUUGAUCUGGACAUUGCUAUCAGAAAGUUGCGGAAUAUCAGUGAGUAUGACGCGUUCGUGAAGAAGGUGAUAGGAUGCUUGAACUUCGUCAAGAUAGCAGUUGAUUAUCAGUGUAAUUAUAUAAUGGAUAUGUCUGUGCGCGAUCUUCUUCUCAAUAAGUGCAGUGAGAAAAGAAAGAAGAGCCUAGAGAGCAUCAAUCUCCUGCUUCUGAAGAACAAAUGUGCCGACUUUUUGUCACUUAAUGAUUUAUUCUACAACAGUGCUCUGAAUAUGAUUAAGCGGGGCAGUAGAGAAGCAUUGGCACGAGCAGUGGAUGAUUUGCUUAAUUGUGAUAUCGAGCAAGGUGUUUUUCAGCGUAUUCUUGAUGCGAAGUACUAUUUGGGUGCAAUUAAGCUGCUAAGGAAGAUGAAACUAAGCUACGAAGAGCGUGUGCAGCUGCUUUGCAAAUCACUGCUGUGUCAGAGUGCGCUUCUUGAGGCGCUAGACGAUCCAAGAGAGGAUUUUGUGUUUGCCGUUUUUGAUGCUUUUUUGAGGAACAAAUCGAGGUUUAAUGACUGUUUGUGCUGUGACGAGAAAUGUGAGGACAUAAACAUAAUAAGCUUGUCAAGUCCCUUCCUCGAAAGUUUCCUGAAAGAAAAAUUCUAUGAAAGCGACAACAAGGAAGAGUUUGAUUUGUAUUGGAAGUUUUUUAUUUACAAGAAAAGACAAAGUGAGGGUGUUAAGUGCAUUACUACGUUGAUCGAUAUCAAACAGCUCACGCUAGAGCAGAAAAUAGAGUACCUCACCAUUAUUUCAGCAUUUGACCAGAGCAACAAAACUAAAUUGCAGAUUGCCAAGCUUCAGAGCGAGAUUGCAAAUCGUAUGAAGACAACGAUGGACAUGCUGCUCGAUGCACAGACCCUUUUCAACGAUUAUGCCUACCCGAACGGAUAUUACGAUAUUGCGCUCAAGCUGCUCGAUCUGUGCGACUGUGAUAAAGAGGUUAUUUUUGAUGUCAUGCUCAAAUAUCUGAAGGGCCCUGCCAGCGAAAUUGAGGGCAAGCUGGCCAAGCUACAUUUAAAGGGUUCUUGUCACAAUAUAAGUGUUAUUUUGACGAUAUUCAUGAAUAAGAAAAUUAAUGAUGAACUGAACGUGUGCAAUAUGCUCAAUAAUCUGAGCUACAACAAAGACAAGAUAAUAGAAACGAUACGAAGAGAGUUAAAGUACAAUGUUUCACCAGAUGUAAAGAAGUAUCUAACAAAAUGUGUUAGGAAUACGUACGGAAUGAAUGAGAAUGAGAUGAAUUAUUGAAUUGUCACUUAGGGAGGAUGUUUGAUGUUGGUAGUGUGAGCGACUAUUUAAAAAUAAAUGGUGUA